UUACUUCACCUCUGCUCCUAGCUCCACUGGGCAGCCUGCAGCCCUCCCCUCCUCCUAUUCCCUGACUGCCGACCUGUAUACAGCAGGAGGCCGGGGAUCUUACUGAGGGAUGGGGGAUGGGCCCAGGAGAGAGGAGAGGGGCCCAGGUCUUCCUGCCUGUACGUGUGGGCAAGUGCUGAGCCCCAGUGCAGAGACCAGGCAGGGCAGAGGGAGGUUACAGGCCUCACGAUCAGUGGAGCAUAAGGGGAAAGUGACAGCCGGCAGCCACAGCCCCUGUAUAUAGUGCACCUGGUCCGGGCCUGUACUGCCCUGAUGGCGGCCCCUACCCUGACGUCACGUGGGGCACGCAGGUCACGCAACCAAGUCAUCACCAGGGCCGUAGGACACCUGCACCUCACAUCAGUCAUCCCACACUAACUGGACUAAACAGAUCCUCCUCGGGUCCCAUGAAGACAGUGAAUGCCCUGCUUAAAUCAUAUGCCUGGUUGGAAGAGAAUGAAUGAAUACCAGAGACACUUGUCUGACUUGCUGAAGAUGGAGAGGAACAGGGGUCACAUUACUAAGAUAAUAUUAAACCUCACCCUGGAGAUCAUCUACAUGUUGACAGGAGAGAAUUACACUGUAGUAAAAAAGACAUGGGAGUAUGUGACCUCCGGAGAACAGAAUAAGACCCAGGCCCCCACCAUAAAGCCUCCACCUUACUCAGUAAUACAUGAGAGAAACAAUAAGCAGAAGAUUCUAGAACUCGCCAACAAGAUCAUUGAGCUGCUGACUGGAGAAGUUCCUAUAAGGUGUCAGGAUGUCACCGUCUAUUUAUCCAUGGAGGAGUGGGCGUAUUUAGAAGGACAUAAGGAUCUGUAUAAGGAUGUCAUGAUGGAAAAUCACCAGCCCCACAAAUCACCAGAUCCUGCCGAGGCUAGAAAAAUAUGUGAAGCAUCUUGCAGUCCAAUUUCUUCACGAGAUUGUAUCCAAAAUGACCAUUAUAGUGUUCGAAAUUUCCAGAUGGCAAAGUGCACCUCAUCACAUGAAUUGAAGGUAAAUAACUGUCUGGAAAAGGUUAGUGAAAGACCAACCUUAUAUGGACAAAAAAAUGGCCCCGAUGCAGGCAUCCAGAUACACAAAGAGCAUAUCUCCCAUCUUCCAUCUACUGAUAUUAAAGAGGAACCAUUUUCAUCAAAUGAAGAGAAUUUAACAGACUCAAGAGAUAAUACUUGCGAUCUAUCUCUAUGUAUUAAGGAGGAACCAUGGGACAAAAGAAAUUGUACAGACAUUUAUGCACCCACAGAUCAUUUACAGCAAUACUCAUCUGCUCAUUUAGAAUUAUUUGUCUCUUAUGAAGAAAAGCCAUUCAUGAGCAAUGACAUUGGUUUAACCACAAGUCCUACAAAAUAUAUCUCUCCUGCAUCCACAGACUUAAAAAAUGAAGAGCAAUGUAUAACAGUUGAAAAGCCAUAUUCCUGUGUUGAGUGUGGAAAAUGUUUUAAGCUAAAGUCCUACCUUAUAGCACACCAGAGGCGACACACGGGAGAAAAACCGUAUUCAUGCCUCGAAUGUGGUAAAUGUUUUAGCAGAAUGUCAAAUCUUGCAAAUCAUAAGAAAGUUCACACAGGAGAAAAGCCAUUUUCUUGUACAGAAUGUGGAAAAAGUUUUGCCAGGAACUCAAAUCUUGUUGUUCAUCAAAGGGUCCAUACUGGGGAAAAACCAUACCCUUGCUUGGAAUGUGGGAAAUGUUUCUUUAGCAAUUCCUAUCUUUUUGUUCAUCAGAGAAUCCAUACCGGAGAAAGGCCGUAUUCUUGUUCUGAAUGCAUAAGACGCUUUAUCAGUAGUUCAGAACUGUUGAAGCAUCGUAAAAAUCACAUGAGAAAUGAGACUCUUAAAGACACUGAGUAUUUGCCCUGAUUAUAGAUGAAGAUGCAACCAUAUGAAAAAAAAGACCCCUGCGCCCAUAGAAAGAUUAUUAUUAUUUUUCUUUUUAUAACAACAUGUCUGUAAUUGAACAGAACACUGACAAAUUGGCUUUGCAAUGAACCCAUGGCUUCAAUACUUAGUUUUGCCUCUGGGAGAAAUAGCCUUCAGCAUGCAUUUCUGCAUGCAUAUUUGACAUGGAUCUUGAGGGGUUUCUUGCAUGCACAGCAUCUCAACAGGAUUUAGAUCCGGCCUUUGCCUUAAAUGGACACUGUUGUUUAAAACAACUUCCCUUCAUGUGAUAGCCUAUGUGCUUUCUAACAUAUUUGUAAAUGGACAAAAAAUAACGCCUUGACCCAGACAAAAUCAAAAAUUGCCCAUAUUGCAACCAGUCAGAUUCUGUCUUUCAUUUUUCUGAGGCCUAUCUAAAAACAAAGAAACAAUCUGAUUGGUUUCUAUAGCCACCUGUCUGCUAUAGUGGUCACACACUAUUCUCAAGCCGGAAUCCACCCAACAGAUCCAUUUUGCAAUGCAUUUUAUGGUUUUGCUAUGCCUAAUGGCUAAUAUAGUUGAAGCACCUAACCUUUUGGUACACACACAUUGUUUUGUAGAUGAAUUGCAUGCAAUUAUUGCUGUACAGUUGGCAUGCUAAAUGUACAAUGUUAAAGUUUCUCUCUAUUGAUGUUCUGAUCAUUGCAGCUAAUUUUAUAUCUCUCACAGAUUCCCUUGAGCUUUCCUCUCAAGGAAACCUGUGAUCUGAAUUUGAGAGUGUAGGCCACCACCAAGUUACAGGGCUUUUUACUUACAUUACUAGCAUGCUUUUUGUUGUGCUGUAAUCACACCCGCUGUGCUUUGAUUGUCAACCCCAAAAAAACCAAAUCACAAGAAUACUUGCUGAAAACUCCUUUACACUACUUUUAAACAGCCCUAAAAUGCAUGGAUACAGAAGAUGCGCCAAUUUCCACACAAACCAGAGUGAUGUCGCUGUCCAAAAGACACUAAAGCUCUCCUUUAUGAAAACCUUAAAGGAUAUGACUUCAAUCUGUACUUUUUUUACAUAAAGGAAGGCCAUAUCUGUAUUGUCAAUUACAUUGUCUGUUAAUGAAUUAUUGCAAAGUCAACUAUUAGUGUUGACACUCCAGAAUUUUAGAGAGGAUACUCUCUAUUAGGCCAGUGUAGCUAAGCAUAUCAUGUUUGAUCCACAUGCAUCUAAUCUGAUACUAGUACUGAACCCCUGAGGUCAUAUAUCUAACCCCAUGAUAAUUCUGGCUUGGAUAUUCAGUAACAGAUAAAUAGCAGUAUCUAAAUUAGAUACACAGGCACAGCAGCACACCAUCACAUAGGGUAAGCAUAAACACACUGGUUCAGCAGCACACUGUCAAUUAUCAUAUGAUUAGAUACAUGGCUACAUCAGCAUUGUAUCAAACAAGAAAGGUUUAGAUACAAAAGCUCAAAACACAGUAUCACACAUGAUAGGCUUAGAUACAUCUCAGCAAGCUGUAUCACAGAACAGGCUUACAUGUACAAGAAAUGGUAUGUCUCAAAAAUAUAGGCUUAGAUACACCGACUAAUACAACAUUAAACAUGUUAGUUUGACUAAUGUGUUAUAUUUAAGUCUAUAAUGUUUGAUACUGUGUUAAGUAAGCAGGGCCAGGACUACAAUGGGUCGUGUUGGGUCCAUUGGACCCAGGCAGCACCUUCAUAGGGACAGCAAAUUGCUGCCCUAAGAAGAUUUUAAGCUCUAAAGGACUAAGGCAGGUCCUGGUUGGGCAGUCACUGAGAGGCAGAGAUCCCCACACACACAUUAUAACGGCAGUGACUGCCUGACCAGGACCUGCUCUGUAUCUGCAGAAAGCUGGAGGUGAAGGUUCUGGGGUGAUGUCACAAUCAUGUGACCAGUGCAUGGGGGAGGGGGGGCAGAGGUCAGCAAGAGAGGGUAUGGUGAUUUAAAGCGUUACUGUCAUUAGUAAGAAAAAAAAUGCUUAAAUCAAUGUAGUAAUGUGCCCUAAGACCUGCAUGCAUAGUAAUAUGCAUGUGAUUACUUGUAAAAUACCUUUUGAUCAGUCUUUCGAAUUCCUCUAAAAGGCUGGGGGCUUUUCCCCUCGAGUAUUAUGAGCUCCUCUCCUCCCCUUCCCCCCUCCCCUGUCAUAAGUUCUGCACAUCAAGACAGGACACAAUGGAAAUUAAGGAAGUACUCCUGC